AUGGGCGACGAGGAGGUUGCUGCACUUGUGGUGGACAACGGCAGCGGCAUGUGCAAGGCCGGCUUCGCCGGAGACGAUGCCCCCCGCGCUGUCUUUCCUUCCAUUGUGGGCCGACCAAAGAUGCCGGGCAUCAUGGUUGGCAUGGACCAGAAAGAUAGCUACGUGGGUGACGAGGCACAGUCGAAGAGAGGUGUCCUGACCUUGAAGUAUCCCAUCGAGCACGGCAUUGUCACAAACUGGGACGACAUGGAGAAGAUCUGGCACCACACCUUCUACAACGAACUGCGCGUGGCGCCCGAGGAGCAUCCGGUGCUCCUCACUGAAGCACCGCUGAAUCCAAAGGCGAACCGAGAACGCAUGACGCAGAUCAUGUUCGAGACCUUCAAUGUGCCUGCGAUGUACGUGGCCAUCCAGGCUGUCCUGUCGCUUUACGCCUCUGGCCGCACCACCGGGAUCGUCAUGGACAGUGGCGAUGGCGUCUCCCACACUGUGCCCAUCUACGAGGGCUACGCGCUGCCCCAUGCAAUCCUACGCUUGGAUCUGGCCGGCCGUGACCUCACGGAGUACAUGAUGAAGAUCCUGACGGAGCGUGGCUACUCCUUCACCACCACAGCAGAGCGCGAGAUCGUGCGUGACGUCAAGGAGAAGCUCUGCUACAUCGCCUUGGAUUUCGACAGCGAGAUGAAAGCCUCCAGCGAAAGCAGCGACAAGGAGAAGACCUACGAGCUGCCUGAUGGCAACAUCAUCACCGUGGGAUCCGAGCGAUUCCGCUGCCCAGAGGUUCUCUUCCAGCCGAGCUUUGUGGGCAAAGAGGCCAGUGGCAUCCAUGACACCACCUUCCAGUCCAUCAUGAAGUGCGAUGUGGACAUUCGCAAGGAUCUCUACUCCAACGUUGUUUUGUCAGGAGGGACCACUAUGUUCCAGGGCAUCGGUGAGCGCAUGACGAAGGAGUUGACAGCACUGGCACCCUCCACAAUGAAAAUCAAAGUUGUGGCUCCGCCUGAGCGGAAGUACAGUGUCUGGAUUGGUGGCUCCAUCUUGUCCUCCCUGAGCACCUUCCAGCAGAUGUGGAUCUCGAAGGGGGAGUACGACGAGUCUGGCCCAACCAUCGUCCAUCGAAAGUUUUUUGUAAAGCUCACAAUGGCAGCAUACACCUUCAAGAGUGUCAAGGCUGUGAAGGAUCUCUUCCUUUGGUCCCUGGGCCCAUGGAGCGGCUGCCUGGGUCGCUGCGGUGCCGGGCGGCGGGAGCGCAGCGUGGUCUGCUUAGCACAGCUCGUCGCCGCGAACGGCACUCGGCUUGGGCCACCGCGGACUGCCAACGCGUCGGACUGCCGUGAGGAGGUCCCGGUGACGGAGGACAGCUGCACUCUGAAGGCAUGUGCCACCUUUCGUCUGCGCAAUCGCGUGGAGCUGCAGUCCGGGUGGCACGUCAUCGAGCUGGCUUUCUACGUGGACAUCGCUUGUCGACAGAAGGUUGAAGGCCUGCCUGUGGCGUCCGGGCAGUGCUCUGGUUGUGAAUGCCGCGAUGCCUCAGGCAAUCAGCAGCAAUGCAGCCCGGAAUUGGCCUUUGACGGCUACAUCGUCGAGGACCGCCUUUCGGCGAGCCAGUGGAUUGCCCAGUGCGCUUCCUUUAGCAGCCUUUCUGCUGCCUGCGCUCCCGGCGACGCGUGGAUCGGGAUCCAGGUGCAGACAACCACGGAAGUUCGUUGCGUGCGUGUUCUGCAGUCAGCAGAUCCCGCCUACAUGUCCCGUGAGGUCGCCUUGGAGACGAUCGAUGAAGACCUGGGAAUUUGGCAAGUUUUAGCAGAGUAUUCAAACCUCCAGGGCGCUGUGCUCGAUGGAAACGGCAGCUACUCCUGGGAUGUCUUGCUGGUUCCGCAGUCUUGCGUCGGCGCUAUCCACUGCAGCGGGCAUGGAACUGCAGUGGGCUUGCCUGGAAGCUGCCGCUGCACCUGCUUCGAGGGUUUCGCGGGGCCGAGUUGCGACAUCUGUGCCACGGGCUACCUCCAGUAUCCUCAGUGUGACCGUGCCCCGUCCACCAGCGCAGCAUGGCGACUUCGCAGCCUCGGUUCGACGGUUUGGCACGUCCAGGACGUGCUCUUCUUCGAGGACUUGCUGUGUAGCCCUUCGAGUCAGGCGAACACCAGCGCUUCUGAAUCCGAGUACAUAUCAUCGGGUUGGUCGUCAGGGGACAGCGACUCGGCUGUCAAUCCGGCAAGGGCCUUCGAUGCCUCUGGGGUGGCGACGGCCUGGAUUGGCAGCUGCGAAGAUUGCGAUGGCGGCCCCUGGGUGGGUGUCAUUCUCCGGCAGGAGGCCUCCAUACAAUGCGUGGAGCUGAUCCAGGGCCAGGCCAACUUUGCAGCCGACGAGGUCGCUCUGGAACUCUGGAUCGGGCCCAUCUCCGACCUGACCGAAAGUACGGCAGCCACGGACAGGCCAAAUGUGUCGACAAAUGGCACGAACCAGUCGAAUGCGACGAACGCCAGUGAGGAGAAUGCCACGGCCGCUAUGGCCAAACCCGACUCCGGCUGGUGGCGCGUCCGCUCCUGGCCGAACCUUCGAGAUCGUGAGGCUCCCACCCGGCUACAGUUAAGCUGUGAUGUAGGUAUGCCCGGGGGCGUCGGGAACGUCCUGCACGACUGCGACAGCAACAAGCAGCCAUGGCAACAGUGCACUGCAUGGUGCGAGCCCGGCUAUUCGGGACCUGAAGCUACGUUUCUUUGCCUCGACGACUACAGCUUCCGGGGCAUCUCCCCCGCCUGCAUCCCAAACGAGUGCCGCCUUGGAAUCCCCUUGAAGGUGGGAUUGAUCAUUGCCGACGGCUGUAGCGGCCUGCGGACAGGAGGCAGCUGCUUCGCCCGCUGCGCAAGCGGUUUCACCGGCACGGAGCUGGAGUAUAUCUGCCGUGCCGACGGGUACCUCCGAGAGAAAAGCAGCGAUCAGGUCGGCGUGCUGCCAAACUGCGAGUCAGCAGAGAUCCGAUACGAGCUGACUGGAUGUGCCGUCAGACUGGCAGGAGGGUCUGCGUCCUUCUUGCUGCUCCUGGUGCUGCCAGCCUUCAGCGCAUCGUGA